AGAUGAAGUAAACCGGACCUCAUCGCCGUAUGUCUCGUGUCCUCUCCGUCACAUGCUUCCUCGCAUCGAUAUCGUGAUGGAACCAAAUAGCAAGGCGCCUCAGCGAGUGCGGACCCUCCUCGAGAUAUAUGCUCGACUAGCGGCUUGCGAUGUCUCCCUCAUCCCCUACUGUCGGCUCACGAUGUCUCCAUGUCCAUGGUACUCCCUUGGGAAGUCAUAGAGUGUGUUGUGGACCAAGCUUGUAAUGACUUCGACCUCCUGCGUAGUUUCUCCCUCACCUGUCGCCAGCUCCAUCCUUACUGUCUCCUGGUCAUGAUCAAUCAUAUCCCUCUCAAUGGCAGGGACAAGGCUUUCGCUUUCUACGAUUUUCUUCGAACAGAUACCGGAUCACGGCUCCGGAGGCACGUACGGUGUCUCACCAUUUCGCCCGUCGACGUUCCGCACCUUCCUCCGCUUCAGAUGCUCCCCAACCUUGCCACCCUCUCAUUCAUCUCGCGCGAGCUCAAGGAAUACUGCGGUGGAGAACGUCGACCUACUUUGUGUCUCCACACGUCCCACCUCCGGUGCUACCACCAGUACGGCCAGAACAUCCGGACUCUACAGCUGGGCAAUCUCUCCCUGUCGACGUGUACAGAUCUGUGCCGAUUGAUCCUUGCAUUCCCGAAUAUGACAAAAAUCGACUGCCGCGAUAUCUCCGUGAAGUCGCAGGCGAAGGCUGGGCCUGGCAUGGACCAAAUGAGGAACAAGCUAUCUCGACAACUUCGCCUGGCCACCGUCAACGUGAGGAUAGCCCAGUGCAUCGUUUGUGUGUCCGAUUGACUUAGAUUCAUUCGGGUG